UAAAAAAUUGUAUAAAUACAAUAUAAAAAUUUAUUAAUUAAUAAAGGGAAUUUCCAUAUCCAUAUUAUGGCAUUUCAAAUACUUUUGCUUAGACUUUCAAUCAUCUUAUUCUCCAUUUCAGGAGUUUACUCUGUCAAUUUCAUCAUCAAAAACAAUUGUAGGAUCCCAAUAUGGCCGGGAGCCUUAACCGGCGCUGGCAAUCCAAUCUCCACCACCGGCUUCAAACUACUCCCUGGCUCGACCACAACUACAACCGUCGAUGCAUCAUCAACGCCGUGGUCGGGGCGGUUCUGGGCUCGAACCCUUUGCUCUGCUGCAAAUGGUAAGUUCACUUGUGCAACAGCAGACUGCGGUUCUGGCCAAAUCGCCUGCAACGGCGCGGGGGCAACUCCGCCAGCAACCUUAGUGGAAUUCACGAUAGCGGCAAACCGUGGUCAAGACUUCUUCGACAUCAGCCUCGUUGAUGGCUUCAAUCUGCCGGUUUCAAUUACGCCAAUAGGUGGAUCGAGUGGCUGCAAAUCAGUAGCUUGUGGAAGAAGUGUGAACCCCGUUUGUCCACCGGAGAUGGCCGUUAAAAGCCCACGUGGGUUAGUGAUAGCUUGUAAGAGUGCUUGCAUGGCUUUUAAUAAGCCAGAAUAUUGCUGCAGUGGCGACCAUAAUCUGCCGGAAACUUGCCCGCCCACGAAUUAUUCGAGGAUAUUCAAGAGGCAAUGCCCUCAAGCUUAUAGCUAUGCGUAUGAUGAUAAGACGAGUACAUUUACUUGUACUGGUGGAGCUAAUUAUGCUAUCACUUUUUGUCCUUAAAUUCAACACUUAUUGGUGGAAAAAGCUUUAAUAAAAUGUAAUAAAUCCAAUAUGUUUGAGAGAGUUAUCCUAUAGUCACAUUUGUUUUAAUUCUAA